GUAAAUUGCACAUAAAAAUUUUCAAAAACACGUAAAUCCCAUCUAGGAUUUUGUACAACUAAGAGAUCUUUACAGAGGGAAACAACUGUGUCUUUAUAUAUCUUUAGCUGUUUCAACUUUCAAGUAAUUAAAAAAGGUCAGCUCUCUCUCUUGGGAAGUAUAUAUAUACACGUUUGUAUUGUCCUGAUGGUGUGGUGUGGCAUAUGAGUUCUAAUCCUAUUUAACUUCUCCUAUUGAAAACUGAAUCAUUGUAAAGAAAGAGAAAAGGAAAAAAUUGGAAAUUAAGAGAGAAUGGAGAGUGAAUCCGAGGUUUCAUUGAGUUCUGAAAGCUCAGGAAUUUCUGAAUUUAGUGAUGACGAUUUGUCUUUGAUGGAAAUUGGUUCUGGGAAUUACGGGUGCUCACAUUAUAAGAGGAGAUGCAAGAUCCGAGCACCUUGUUGCAAUGAGAUUUUCGAUUGCAGACAUUGCCAUAAUGAAGCUAAGAAUUCUUUGGACGUUGAUCUUCUUGAACGACAUGAUCUUCCACGCCAGGAAGUUGUGAAGGUCAUCUGCUCCCUAUGUGAUACAGAACAAGAUGUGCAACAGUAUUGCAUAAAUUGUGGCGUUUGCAUGGGAAGGUACUUCUGUGCGAUAUGCAAGUUCUUUGAUGAUGAUACUUCAAAGAACCAAUUCCACUGUGAUGAAUGUGGAAUCUGCAGAACUGGAGGCAAGGAAAAUUUCUUCCACUGCAAGAAAUGCGAAUGUUGCUACUCUAAGGCAAUGGAAAAUAGACAUCAUUGCCUGGAUAGACCAUUGCACCAUGAUUGCCCUGUUUGCUUUGAGUAUAUGUUUGAUACUACGAAAGGGAUUACUAUCUUACGUUGUGGGCACACAAUGCAUUAUAAAUGCGUCAAAGAGAUGGAGAAACAUUGCCGGUACUCAUGCCCCAUCUGCUCAAAGUCCAUUGGUGAUAUGACACGUCACUGGGAAAAGCUUGAUCAAGUGGUUGCCUCAACUCCAAUGCCUGAAACAUAUCAAAAUAAGAUGGUGUGGAUUCUCUGCAAUGAUUGUGGGGCAAACUCACUUGUCCAAUUCCAUAUUGUGGGACAUAAAUGCCUAAGCUGCAAAUCCUACAAUACUAGACAGAUACAAGGAGAUCCAACUGCUUCAUGCGCAUCAAGCGUGACUGAGAUAGUGAGAUGACAUGCUGGUUGAUGAAGACUCUUAGAUUAAAUUAAUGAUAGUUUUUCACUCCUAGGUAGCACUAUCACUGCCAAGAUCACAGUCUGUUUAUCCAGCUGGCUUUUCUCCAUGGUACUCAAAUUCUUAUUGUGAGAGCUCAAGAGCAGGGAGAAACAACUCUUCUUCAGCAUUGUUACUCCAUUAUUUUAGUCAAUUAUUAUAGUCUUGUUAAUGUGUUGAUAGGGGGUAAACUGCAAAGCAUGUUCUGAAACGUUGGAUGAAGCCAAGCUUUGGUGUUGUAUACGCAAUUUUAUCAUGAAUGUCAUUCUUUCCUUCUUUCAUUCUUUAAAA